CUCGGAAGUACGUAAACUGUUUCCGGUUUCAGGUGCGUUCUAUUGUGACUAGCUAGGUUUGCACAUAACCAGAAUGCGACUUUUUCCCGUUUCGACGUUAAAGGUUUGCGAGACACUUAGCUAAUGUCAUAUGAACACCUGUAAACUAUCCCAGUCGAUUUGUUGGAUGGUUCCACAACGUUAAGAUACACAUUUGAAUUGUCAAGCGAACGAAAGCCUUUUAUACGUGGUGGUCUUUGCUAACUAGGCUAGCCUCAAACUGUCUAAAAGAGACCAAGACCAAGAAGUGGAAAAGAGACUACACACAGUUACAUUUGAAGAUGAAAUAUAUGUUCUGCUUUUCGUUAGGCUGAGGAACUCCAGAAAAACAUUCAUUGUCAAGAGUUGGAAGAUUUGCUUGUCGCAUUCCUCGACUAAACAAUAGUCUUUACCCUGCAAUGUUAGCUGGCCAUGUACUUUUAGAAAGAACCGGAACAUAUUAUACAUACUUGGCUAAGUAUAUUUCUGUAGACUAGGCCUACUAAAACUAGCUAUUAGCUAAUGUCCGUAAUUCGUCCGGAUAUUAGGGAUUCUAAACUAUUUCUAUCACUUCAAAACCAAAGGUAAUCUUUUGGUAUGGUUUAUUUGUUUGACGUCAGUGUUAUAAGAGUAAAAUUAGGCGAAGAAAGGUGAAAGUCUUGGGGACGACAUGUAGCUAGUGAGUACCCUCAUUGGAAUUUUCCCUUGGGCGUUGGUGGUUGGUUUCGAUUUAACACCAGUAGGUGUGUCAUGUGACUCGUCCUGUGGUACACACUUUCCCUCAUCAUUCCCAGUGAUCUCACGGCAAGGAGAGUUAAUUUGACUUACCUAAUGUACUGUCUAACACAGCCUCCUACAAAAUCUUAAAACGGAAAUAAAUAAUAUAAAGUUAACCCCAUUAUUGCGUUCUCAAUAACUCUUUGCAGCCUCUAAGUCCUUUAGUCCUUCUAAAAUCCAGACAGAAUUAAGGGCGCCAAACUUAGGGAACUGACAUGACAGCUGUAGUAGGAAGAGUUUGGGGGUGGGUGCGUCCAGCUAUCUCCUACCGGCCCUGGGGCAGCAAAGCAGGACCUGACAAAACCAUGAGGGACAAGCCAGUGACUGAAGAGCAGCAGACGAGAGGCAGCUGGGGCUUCUUGGGGGGGUUAACAACCUGGGUUUGGGGAGCCGGACAGAAAAGACAAACAAGUGAACAAACAACAUUGAUCGAAGAGUACUGGGAAGCAAGUGAGGAGAAAAUCCAGUCCAGGGAAGUUGAAGAGCUGGGUGCGGGAAAGCAGGAGGCUGAGGGGAAAGCAGAACAUGGCGACUCCAGAUGGUGGAAUAAGAUUCUGCCACCUUCACACUUAUUCUGGCCGAGAACAGCUGAACCUGGUGGGCUAAGUCAGACGAAAUGUGUCGGUGCAGGAUGGGACUCUGACAAAGAUGGGGAGUAUUCUGACUAUGGAACCCCUCCACCGUCUCCCACACCGAGCUCCUCAUCAGCCUUCCGGUUCUUUGCACUCGCCUGGAAUGGGGUGAUAGUUCCGGAACAUUAUGAGAUCUGCUUCAACCUCCUUCGUCACCUGUUUGACCUGUUGGUGGUGGGCUUCCUGUGGAUUGUGUCCCCCCCUACCAAGUUGGUCCUGGAGGUUCUAGGGGUCCAAGGAGGACUGAAGUUGUGGCUCCAUGGAAUGGCCAUGUUUUCUGUCUCCACUGUUGGAAUGGCGGGACUACUUUGGUUGGUCCAAGAGUAUCUUCUACAGUUUGCUCUGUUGUAUGGCAUCGUGCAAGCACUGGUCAUCUCUGUCAGCAUCCAGCAGAGUGUGAUCCUAGGAGAUGGGGAUGAGGCAUAUGAAAAGGAGGUGGAGGAUGUGGAAGUGAGAGACGAUGAGGAAGUUACAGAGAUGUACUUGACUACACUGGAAAGAUGAUCCUUGAAUGAAAGUUUGUUAUGACAAUCAUCUGACAUGGAGGGAAGAGGGAUGUUUCGAAAGCCUGACAUGCAGGGAUUGAGGGAAGUUGUUUUGGGAGCCUACCAAUGCAAAGACAAAGACCCAUGAAAAGAGCUGAGCCCAGCUGAUACUGCAAUGAGGAACGCCAGAGGCUGGAGGACUUCUACUGUGAUAUUCAGUGGCGCUGAAGCAAAGCACAUCCACUACAAUCUUGGUCGUCUAGGGCCCAGUGAUACCACCGUUGUCGUCUAGGGCCCAGUGAUACCACCGUUGUCGUCUGGGGCCC